AUGGGCUCUGAGGAGCACAUAAAUCUCAUGAACAAGAUGGAACAUGCGAUCAUGGAUGUUGAUAUAUUUCAUGUACAGGCCUCAAUCAAAACCGGGAUGCUCCGCCUAAUAGUCAGCCAUGGGGUCGCAGCCUUGAUGUUGCUUCAGAUGGCCUCCAGUGAAGCGUUUGUGCUGCGCACCACGGCGCUGAAUUCCAUUGCAACGCCGCGUUCAGUUUGCACAAGAAACCUGAAAGUCUGCAACUUGAAGUCGUCGCUAUCACUACAUAACAACGGUGUGAAAAUCCUCAGAGUCCCCAAGAAGUCCCUGACAGCAACAUGCAGGCUAGAGAAGGAAGAAGCCAUGGAGAGGAUCAUGGAUGGAGUGGUGAGGAAGGUGGACCAGAGGACCAGCACUGGCUUCUACUCGUCCAAGAGUGGAUCCCCUCUCAUGAAGGCCGUGGACGCGGCGAAAGUUGCCGUUCACCUCCUGACCAGCUGGGUCGGUUUCGGUGCCUGGCUGAUCCAGACGACCCUCCAAGGGUCUGGCGCGCUCAUGUCCGCAGCUCUGGACUUCCAGGCAUUGCUGCUGGCGUACAUCAGCGGGUACCCGAUGGACGAAGCCUUCAGGAGGAAAGUGGUGCUUGCAAGGAGGAGGAAGGAAGAUGACUCGAUGGUUCUGCCCCUGCGGAGCACGCAGCGUCCUGUUGGUGACAGUCCAAAGGUGAUGAGGCCAGCGACUGAGCUCAAGAUUGCACGCGAGGUCAAGGUGGUGGAAACGGCUGCAGUACCUGCCAUUGCACCAUCGCCUGUACCAGCAGUGAAGGAGGUGGAAGUUGCGAAAGAGGGCGAGACCUUGAACCUCGUCAAGGAUAUUGGCUUCCUUGCCGGCUACCACAUCAAGAGGAUCUCCUCCCGUGUGAUCAGCUCCUUCAGGCAACAGAAUCCCUUUGGCCUCCAGAACUCAUCGCAGAACUCCAACGUUCAACCUCAAGGCAACCCGUGCGAUUGGGGUGGCGCUUUUGGCCGGUGCUGCUAUGGCGGAGAUGGCAUCAAACAAUUGAUUGAGAAGGGAAAGUAA